CCUCGUUACAGAGUAUGUGACACAAGAUACUCAGUCAGCAUGAUAAGAAAGGGUAAUUCACAGGUCGACACGAGGUUGAAACCCCGCUUUCCAAGUACUAUUCCCAGACGUUAAAAUGCGUUUGCAUUACUCAAUAUGUGGGAUAAGUACAGCUGGUAUGUUUGGAACCCGACUAUUUUUUCUUCAUUCGCAUCACGCGGGCAUGCAAUUAGCACGCGGGCAUAUGGCGUGCGUGCAAUCGCGCGCAAGUCCUAAGAGGGGGGGAUGUCAUGCGUGUAAAAAGCCCGGGAAACCUCUUACACGUACUGUACUUGUACUUGCAUACAGGACCGGCCAGGGCCACCCUACUUCUAGUUCUGUAGGUGGCAUGUACUGUCCUUCAGGUCUAUGGUCGCAUUGAUUAUCGUUCAUUCUGUUCUUCAGUAACAGAGGCCUAUCUGUAUCUGUCCAAACGCCAUUGCUGGUUGUCGCAUACGUUUGGGGGGGGGGGUCAUGUGCAAAGUCGUGAUUAUUGAAGUGAGCCUUUGAUGUCAGCGUCUUGAUGUUGGUGGCUUCUAAUUUGGCUUUACAAGUCUUGACGUCGGGGGGAUGCGUAGGUCUUGGUCGAGGUGGUUCCAUUCACGAAUAGACUGUGGAUACAGCGAGUGCCUUUAACAGUCUUUGCUGGGAUGAUAUAUUUGAAGGCCCCUGACUGCCUGGUAUUUGGUUAACUGGAUGAAUUUGAUGACUGAAGGAAAUUUUCGAUGCUGUUUGGAAUUAGGGAACCCAUGAUCUCUUUGAGUCUUUAUAGAUGGUCGUUAAGCACAAUUUAGUCCUUCGGUCGUGGAGUGAUUCCCACUCUUAAAUAAGUCGGCAAGGAUUUUGCUAAUAUUGGAUUCCCUGCUGUAAUCUCCUACAGCAAAUCGGGCAGCUCUCUUCUGAAUUCUUUCUAAUUUAUCCCAUCCGAAUAGUGCUGUGGAUUCCAAAUCCCAGAGCAGUAAUCAAGUUUGGGUCUGAUCAGCGAUUUGUAGACUAAAAACUUGGUGCUUUUGUUGCAGUAGUAUAAAUUCCUCUUCAACAAACCCAGCAUUUUAUUUAUAGCCUUGGCAACAGUCUGAUUGAUAUGUGUUGACCAUUUCAAAUCACUGCUAAGUUCAACACCUAGAUGGCUUUCGCAUGCAUCAGAUAUUGACCAAUGGCUGUGGAUGUAAGUGAAGUGUUCUUCACUGAGGAGGAUUAUGAAAGAUUCUCCCUCCGACCUAAGUUUGAUGUCAACCUGUUCAAGGCCUACAAUCCAUCCAUUGAAGGGUGCACCAUAUCCCCAGUGAAGACAAGUAGACAAGCACAGGUGAAAAAUGCUGAGGCCAGCAAGCAGGGUGCAACAGUACAGCAAGAAAAGAAAGCUCCAUUGUCUAAUGCGCCCAAGAAAAAUGUCACUCCAGGGGUUGGUGAGAAGACACCCACAAUUGUCUGGAAUUUGAAGAGUCCUAAAAAUCACUUCCCCUAUCCAAGGUACUCCUGUAUGACCCACGCUCAACAACAGAGAUACAUUGAACUGUGGCAGAAGCAUGGACAGCGUCAUCCUAACCAGACAAGGUAUGCCACAACCCCAGGCGACAUCGCUGAGAAACAACAGCUCAGGAAAUUGCAGAUCUUGGUCCAUCAGGAGCAGCAAGAAUUCAUGAAGUAUGCCCGACAUGUUGCUAGAUGCAGCCCCAAAGACUAUAAACAUCUUCCUCCUGCAGCACAGCAGUAUGCCAAGGAUCAGUGGCUCAUACAGGACCAGCGGGUCAAGCAACUGCCCCAGCAUUUUAGCGUGUGCCAGACUAUUGGCAUCGUGCCUGCUGCCGUCUUCCUUACAGACCCUGUGCUGACGUUCUCAGCUCGUCUGCUGUGUGUGGUAAAUACCGAAAUUGGCAAACCGUACAUUAUUAUAGUCAUAAAUUCCUUUCGUUCUAGUUAAUGACAAUAAUGAUUCCCUUAAAGUGGCCAUGGAACUGUAACCUACAGCCCAAAUCAACCUUGGACAGGUUAAUACAUUUAUCAUGAACCAGAAUAAGGAUUUUGACAUUAUAACAUGGAAAAAUGGCACA